AUGUACUCUCCCUACGGCAAGACAACACGGCGAUCAGGUUGCUUGCUCGCCCACCUAUUCGCUGCACCAUUGGUGCGAGAAGUUGGGGUGGGAGAAGAGAAGGAAGACGGUGGGAUCGUUGGGAUCAAGCAAGAGAACUAUGGGCGAGAGCGAGAUGUCAUCACCAGGGCGCUGGCAGACGCAAACCGGGCAAUUGCGUUUGUUUCGGAGGUUGCCGACGGGCGCAACUUCCUGAUGAACUUGACCGGAUGCCGCGUCCUUCACUUCACUUGGAACGGUGACGGAGACCAAGAGAAGGUAAUAUUCGAGAAGCCGAACGGCUUAGCGGCGCCCGUGACUGAAGAUUGGCUACAGAACACGUGUGGCGGGCAAAAGGACAAACUUCCGGAGCUGGUGGUGCUCACCGCCGCAUCGGCGAAGCUUGUGGCGGGGGUUUUCAUCCGUGCAGGAAUCUCGAACGUUGUGGCCGUGGACACGAGCGGUGAUGAUGCGGUCACCCUGUCCUUCGUUCGUUCCUUCUACCUCAGCCUUGCACAAGGGUUCACGCUCAGAGAUUCCUUCGACGCAGGCGUCCAGAGUCUCCCAGACGGCCAGGAGGACCGGUGCGUCCUUCUUCCGGCCAAUGGAGAGCACUGGUUGUCUCCUUUCGACGAUGCUGAGAGUGGUACGUUCACCUACCGCGUCCCACACUCGCCGAGCAAGAUGAAGAUGUCCAAGAAAAAAAAGAUUUCCAGCUUUCGCGGCCGGGAGAUCCCAGUGCAAGAGGUAUACAUGCACAUGGUGCAGCACAGCAAAGUCAUCACCAUCAGCGGCAGGCCGGGUAUCGGGAAAACGGAGGUGGCUCUCCGGGCGUGUGAGUACGCUAGGGAGCGUUGUUUGUUCAUCGAGACAUUCUUCGUUUCACUCCAGGACAAGACCACAGGCACGCCCAUCACAACGCUCAAGGAAGUCGCCGCGCGUAUCGCGAAUGCCUUUGGCAUUUCGAAGCAGGAGAUCCAAGAUCACACCGAGGGUUUCUUGGGGUGUAUCCAACACAAGUGCGGGUUGCAAAAGGGCGACCUCUUGCUAGUGUUGGACGGGUGUUCGCCGUACUUCGUCAACGAGAGAGACGAGAAGAUCAAGCUCUCAUCGGUCGUGGAGCAGCUAUGUCCGCGUGUGUCCAACCUCCAAUACAUCGUCACCGUCGUCACUCAGGUGGGUAUUGCCAAGGAAAAGGUGGUAAACAUUGGAAGGCUGGGCGAACUCGCGGCCGCGGAGCUUUUCGUCGCUAGCGCUCCUCGGAAGGUUACCGUGGAAGAGCUGCGGGGGGGCAUGGUCGUCAGCGGUCCACACGUACAGCUCGCGGAGUGCAUGCGCUUGUUCGCCGGCGGUGUGAUCAUGUCUGCACUACGACGUCACCCUGGCGCAAUCGUUGCUUCGAGUGGCAUGCUGGAACAAUGGCACCUUCUUACGAACGAAGACGACUACCUGCAGGAUAUCGCGGUGCAGCUUCAACGGUACGAGAAGCUGGAGCAAGAGUUUGCGAGACGGCUGCAGGAAUGUCCUCAAACUCAGAGCGACUCUGUGAUCGAGAGGGAGUGGGGCCGCCAGUCAAGACCAGAACGCCCUUCUCGCCAGUCAUCUUCACUUGUCAAAGACCGAUGUCCUCCCCACCAUGAUCCGCGAAGAGUUCCUUCUAUUCCAAGGAAACAAGAUGCUUCUAAAUCUCCUCCGCCAGCUCUAGCGACAACUGAAUUGCGCACCACGAACGGCGAGUUCUGGUGGAGGCUAGCCUUGGAGAAGCACACGGGCGAAGUGGGCGCCAUUUCGCAGACCAUCCCAUGGGAAGCCCUUUGUAGGCAUAGCUUGGCGAGUUAUUUCGUGGAGGUUUUGGGAGACGAAGGCCGCGACAGACCGCUUCUGAAUGAUGACUUCAACGCUCUCGGGAACAACCCAGCCCUCUGGGAUCCGUACCGUGCGCCGGGAAGCGUCCAGGGAGGUAUUGCUAGCCGGCAGGAGUUCUUGGGGACGUUUUGGCCGUGGUUCAAGGCUGCGACACUUUUACUCAAGCGUACUGGGUGCUGGGGGUUUCAGAAGUACCCAGUUAUCUGCGGACUCAGCACCACUAGGUUCGACGGCAUGAAGCUACUGCAGGGGAGACCGGCAGGAACGUUCUUGCUGCGUUUGAGCAGUAAGCCUGGGGCGCUGGCUGCGAUGUAUGUGAAGCCCAUGCAGGAGCUUGGCAAUGUUCUCAUCAAGUCAUCGGCUGAUCCGGUCAACCACCGCAAGUUCGAAAUCGAGUACGGAAGCGAAACGAUGAUUGCGCCUCUCAAGCAGUUGAUCGAAAUCAUUCCGAAGUGGACCCACUUGUUUCCCGACACUCCCAAGCACGAGGCUCUCGCUGGUGUACGAUAG